AUGCUCGUAGCGUUUGCAGGGAAUGGCUUCCUCAUCUACAUCGUGUGGAAGAAACCUGAAGUCAGAUCACUGACAAGCUUUAUGUUCGUCAACAUGGCCAUCGCUGAUUUGCUUGUAACCCUGAUUGUGAUGCCCUGGUCGAUUUCCACAAUAUAUACAGACGGUUUGUGGAUGAUCCCGGGAGUAUUUGGAAAAGUCAUGUGUAAAGGUGUUGUAUACACUGCCUAUGUCACUAUAACAGCAUCCGUCCUCUGCCUGAUGUUCAUGGCGAUCGACAGGUACUAUGCCAUCGUUCAUCCCCUCCGCCGCCAUCUUUGGUUUCGAAAGCCUAAACUAACCGUUCCAUUUAUUUGGAUCGGCUCACUGGUCUCCAUGUCCAUUUUCCUUGUUAUUCAAACCGUGGAAGACUACAAUAAUUCUUCUUAUUGCAUGCUAUUUGUUUACAUCUUGGGUGAUCCAGAUAGGGCUCUUCGAGGAAUAUACCUCCUCCUUUUCGUCGUCAACUAUUUCAUCCCCUUAGCCGUUAUUUCUUGCCUGUAUACCAUCACUGCAUGGAAUUUAUGGUUCCAUGUUGCACCUGGAGUAAAUAAUUUGAGAGGAAAUCGAGCGCAACUCGAAACCUCCAAGAGGAGAGUGGUUCGGAUGCUCAUUAUUGUUACCUGUGCCUUUGCCCUCUGUUGGCUUCCACCACAAGUGGUCCACAUGAUGCAAAUUAUUCACGCAUCUAAGGCUUACCUAUAUAUACAGCCGAUUGUCAGCUUUGUGUGUUUUUGGUUUGGACACGCUAACAGCGCCGUUAACCCAUGGCUGUACAUUUUUCUGAGUACCAAGAUAAAUACAGCAUUUACCAGGAUCGUCAGUAGAAAAAGCAGCCGGUUGCCUUUAAGUCUCACCAUCAAAACAUCAGAUGCCGUCUUACCACCUGAAGAUGAAGCAAUCCAGAAAGAAUCAAGAAUAUAAUGUCUCUCACAACAUGAAAGUUUUAUUACUAAUUUGGUAACUGUAAGAUAGGAACUCGCUUAAAACGGAUUUGCGUAUUACUAAUAUAAUACAAACACCUAUAUACGGUUUCAUAAAAGCUAUUGUAGUAAUCCGAGUAAUUUCAUGAGAAAUUGACAAUUGCAACUAAAUUUCGACAAGAACCGUUCCGUGUAUAUGCAUACCGUUUUCGCGAUAAUAAUUUAAUUUUAACCAUUUCAGGUUAAAAUUACCUGUUUUGAAAGGAGAUUUGUAAAAGCCUUCGGUUAUGACAUACACAAUUAAAGCAAAAGAAAUGCUUAUGGACCAAGAAUCGUCUCAUUCCGAUUAGAAUGGAGCGCGCCAACCACUUGGCCACCCGAUCUCCCUCGAGGUUGUAAUAUUUGUUCUUUCUUUUUUCUCUGAAUUUGUUCUGAAAUAAUACAAUCUUGAACAAAAAAAAAAAAACAAACAAACAAACAAAAAAAUAACUGAAAAAAAAAAAAAAGAGAAAAUGAACCUAAUAUUCAGGGCCUUGGACAUUUCAGAAGAGUAUAGAGAAAUAGAGUUCAAUUUUCAGAACUAUCCAGCAAAUUUUGUUGUUGUUGUCGGUGUCAAACGAGGUAUUUCACAGUCAUUACCGGCGAUCUAGCUGAUAAGCGAACUAGCUAAUUAACGCGCGCGAAAAGCGCAAUUCACCUGUCCGCUAUCUACUAAUUUGGUUUGUUUAUUCAUAAUUUUCUCAUUGAUACUAACCAAUCGUUCCUCACAGUUUUCUUUAAUUCUGUAGCACACGAUGAUAGUUUCAGCUGAAAUCCAAUUGAGAGCUCUGUGUAAUGGGGCGUUAAUUUUUUUUUUUUAGGUUUCAAGUGUCAUAGGCACAAAAUGGGGACAAUAAGAAAAAAUGAGAUUUUCAAGGGGAACUCGGCAAUACCUCGACAGAGUACCAUAAGAAAUAUGCAAUUUAUUUUACAACGAGCAAGUAGCUGAGAACCUGAAAAAAUAAUCUGAGGCCUCGUUAAGAAUUUGAACAUCAGACCUUCCCAUGGUGCCUUAAACUACGGAGCUGCGUUACAAGCCAGUCCAGCAUACUGAUAAGAUCGGAAAUCAGUAUUUGCUUGAAUAUUCAUCGGAAACUUUCGAAGAGAUGGGGGAGACUCUGUGACCCUUAGUAGGUGGAGUGGGAACACUCGCCUUCUCAUAUGUAGUUGUGGCUUGAGUUCGACUCAGCGAUUUUGGCGAUACUUGUGGGUUGACUUGGUUACUGUUUUUUUUUCUUCAGUUAUCCUAAUUUUUCUCCCAAUAUUGAUAACAUCUAUAUCAUUUUAGGAUUAUCCAGAAAAAAUAAGAAUUCCCGUGAAGAAAAUAACCGCAAUUGCUCUUGGAGAAGAGGUGGAAAAAAAAAACAAAGCAAGGAACGUCUCAGUGAACACGACGAAACAAGUAUCAAAUUCCUAGAAGAGGCCAUCAAUUGCAUACCUCUCGCAAUUGAGGAUGGAGCUGAUUUUGAAAAUGCCGCUUUCAUUUUUAACCUCCAGCCGGGCAGUUUAUUGUUAUAGCAGGAAAGGGUGAUUGGCAAUAUUAAUUUUCUGAGGAUGGCAGCAACAAUAUAACCUGUAAAUGUGUCCGCAAACCCUGGUUGAUGUACCUCUGGAACAAAGGCACAUUUGGUUUUUCUAGUAUCACCUUGUUAUUGUUUCUUGCUGAAGUAGUCAUCAAGGCUUUUAGGUCUAAUGAAGUGUAAUCUUGAAUAGCUAAAUGUAGGUUUUAUUUCUCAUUUAGUUGUGCAUUUGAAAGCCUCAAACACUCUAGCCAAAGGUACCGGUUUAGUUAAUUUCUUUGCGAUACACAGAACGUCAUUGCCUUCGUAGUUCCCGAUCGCUAUGUUCUGAAAGCUGCUCUUGUGGACUAAAUUGUUGAAUAGUAAUAAGUAAAUACAGGGAGAUUUUGGAUGCGACCUCCCUUUGAAAAGGCCUCUAUGGAAAAAGAGAGUGUUGUGAAGUGUUCUUACGAUGCAAGGUUUUUUAAGGUUAGCAUUCGAAGAUUGUGCCACUCCUACCCCCUUACGAUAGGUUCCAUUUUUGUCUUUCUCCUCUGGUCGUGCAAUUACUUGAAAUUUUGUCUCUAAACUGGUCGUGUUGAGUACUUUAUUUUUAGUUUCCUAAAUGCCACUCGUAAAAGUUUAAGCUGAUUAUUGUAUAGUCGUUGUACGAGUCUUAUUAGAAAAGUUUAAAUAUCUCGGGGUUUUUAUGGACCCAACACUUUCUUUGAAGUCCCACAUUAAUUACUUUGGAAAGAAGAUCUCGUCUAGAUUAGAAAUGUUGCGUAGAGCACGAAAGAUCUUGCCUCAGUCAUCCUUUAUCAUUUUGUACAACACAAUGAUACUCCCCCUUUUUGACUAUUGCUCAGUUGUAUGGGAUAGUUGUGGGGCUAUAUCUAAAGGGUAUCUUGAUAAGCUUAAUGGGCGUGUGGCGAGUAUUAUCUUAAAUAGGGCUGUGAGUGAAACAGAUAUUAUUCGUAUUCUUGGUUGGCCUAACCUUCAGUCUUGUAGAGACUAUCUUAAAUGCAUGCUGGUUUUCAAAUCUACGAACGGCUUAGCACCUUCCUACUUAUUGAGUGAUUUUACUCGAGCUAAGAAAUAUCAUACAUAUAAUACCAGGCACAGGGAUUUGAUUCGUCUUCCUUUGCCCAAAAGCACUAAAUAUCAAGGCAGUUUUAGAUAUAAUGGUGGGUGCACUUUUAAUAAUCUGCCCAAAGCAAUAAGAUCGCUGGAAAGCCCUAAAACUUUUAAAACUGAGUGAAAGCGGUUUUUUAAACAGAUUUAAUUAGUUAUAUAGACUUUGCAUGUAUUUUCUCCGAUGAGUUUUACUUUUGUCUGUCAAUUUUGAGUAAGUUUGUAUUGUCAAAUUUUGUUUUUGCAGGGCUCUCUUUAAACUAGCUAUGCUAAAUGUGAUGUCCCUGUUUAAAUAUUGUUUAAAUAAAAUAAAUAAAUAAAUAAAACGCUUUAUUAUAACAUAGCGUGGGUGCUUGCUUGAGGUCAACUCUGUCUUUAAGUAAGUAUCCUGAGAAAGAUAGUAAGUUUAUCAUACAAAUUUGUCGAAACGUCCACAGAUCGAGAGAUAAGCGAAGCAACUACGUCUGCAUUCACCUUUAAUGAAAAAACCCCGAGAAAUCAGUCACAUUUGAAAACGCUUUAUUAUAACAUAGCGUGCGUGCUUGCCCUAUAUAAGUCCUAUUGAGCUGCUAUGAACAAAAUCUUUAUUUACGCAUGCCCGUACGUAAAUAAGAUGACGUGAGGGUUUUUUUUACUUGGCUUCAGAGUUUCCGUCCUUUAAUUGGGAAUUUACUAAAACCAAAACAAUCACAAUUGCACUUUAUCACAAUAAAAGGCUUCUUCUCGCAGAUCCUUGUUGUCACUCUGUUUUCUAUAAAAAAAAUUUGCUCAUGCUUUUAGCUGUGCGUAUAUCGAGUUAUGGAUGCACUUGAGAUAAUAAUGUAACGUCAGAAGACUCGUGUUCUUCUAGUUUAUUGUUAUGUUUAGAUCUAGAUUUGAUGCGCUAUAGUGUACUGCACCAUUACCUAAAAAUAAAAAUUUGGUCAUCAUCAACUAUAACUGCCGUCGUCUCCAUUUAGGGUAGCAGAGGUUUUCAUAUGUCAGACACGUUCACCCAAAGUGUAGGCGGUAGAUAUAAUCCAAUGAUCAACAAUCAUUGUUAAUAUGUGUUUUGGCGUUCGACUUAACAAAAUAUUCAUUUAGUUUGGGUUUCCUCAUUUCUUGUUUACAAAGUGUUAUCCAUCUGAAAUGUAAAUUUUUAAGGAAAUUUUUUACUUUAAUUUUUCAUAAGGAAGAGACUUUUAUCAUUCUAUUUUGUGAUCAGCAUUUGUCAUGUUCAGCUUCCAUUUAAAUACUACUCUGAAUCAAGUGAAGUCUCCAGAAUCACGUUUUAAUCUAAACUAUGAUGGAACUUGUAAAAUAAUAAUCGAAGGCCAUCUUAGAUUAAAAAUUUGAAAUACGUCUUCGGGUCAGUGAAAAUAACAAAAUCUUUACAUUUAGGAUUUAUUUGGCAAGGAAAUUGGGGAUUUAAGAUCCAGGACUGUAAAUAUUAUAAAUGAAGGAGGAGACAAGAUAUGGGAGUUUCUUCAGUUGGAUUCGAAAAGACCGAUCGAAAAGCUAGAAAAGACACCCACUGUAAUCCGCUGUAACAAUAAAUUAACCAUACAAACAUAUUUUCCAAAAUUCUGAUCACAAGAAAGUCUUAACGAAAACCGUGUUCUCACGCAAUACAUACGAAAUAAUAAAUGAUAACAAAUUGAACAUUUCUCAGUUAUCUUGAAAACCGAUAAGUCUUUAAAAAAUAUCCACAGUGAUAGCGUAGGCAUUCUGCACGCAAAAAAAAGUAGCAUAUAAAAAGUAAACAUAUUUUCAGUAAUUUUUAUGAAAAAAAAAAAUUACGGUAUGUUACCACACAAUCAAAACAAAAUAGGAAAAAAGAUUAAAAAUGAAACAAUUUGAAUUGACGUAAUUCGAAAUUGAAACUGUAAAAAUUUGAAAGAAAGAUGUGAUCAAGGUGUUUUGGUUGAAUUUUACGCAGCGAUCACCAUGCUUGAAUCUUUACGCAUCGUGGAUUCACUGUACGGCCUCUCUUUUUGAAGUUAGCAACAUUUAAAAAGUGCAAGAGAAACUAAAAACAGGUUUUUAAAAACAUUAUGAGUGGAAGACACAUUUGAUAUUGGUAAUUUUCAGCUAUUUAUUUAGGAUCGUAUGUGUGUGAUAUUUAGAACUAUCCUGUCAAUGUUGCCUCAUCAGCGCGUCGAAAGUGUCUCGAAUCGGGAGAUUGUUUAAGGCAGAAGAUGUUUUAAUUUAGAAAUAUUUACUUUCCUUUCUCAAGGUAUUACUUUUCGUCAUUUUCCAUCACUUGCCGUUAGAUGACAAACCAGGUUUUAAGAGAAGAGGACAAUAGGAUUGGUUCCGUACUGCAUGCAGUCGACUUUUUACUCUUUUGAUUACACUGAAAAAAAAAAAAAAAAAAAAAAAAAAAAAAAAACGGAAAAAACCUGAAGAACUAAGGUACGAGUCCUCGCCUGGUUAUAAUAAUAUAAUAUUUCCUAGGCCCCGCCUUCGUGAAAAAUGGCUUCAAUCUUUUUCCAGAAACGUUUUUGACUGAUUUAUGCGUCCGAUGCAGAUGUUAUCAGACGUUAUAAUUUGCAUAUCUUGGGACGAGAGGAAAUAAAUUUGUAUAUGGUCGGUGCCAACAACAGCAAUUCGUAAUUUCAAGUUUUCCACAUGUUCGUGGAUGAGACGAAAGUUGUAAGAACAAAAACGUGCCACACGAAGCAUAGCCUAGUGGGAAACUGUGAGUUACUACUGAAGAGACCCACGGCAAUAUUUAUUUGCUUAAUAAUUGAUUAUCGGGAUGCCGACGAGGAGUCUGUCCUUCAAUUGAACAUUAGUAAAAACUAAUCCAAAUGAGUGUGAUUUAUCUUGUUAUACAAAGCUAUGGCGGAGUAUAGCGAGUGUUUCUCAGGUGUAUAACUUAACAGAAAAAGCAGUCAGACAUAAGUUUUUCUCGUAUUUUUGUUUUCUUUUGUACCUAUGCCCUCUGGGUAAAGAUCGCCAAACUGGCUUUACGAAACUGCUCGAAUUUAUUGAAGAAAAGGAGGUAAACGUUUUAGCAAAAAGUUUCAAAUUUCAGUUGUUUCUCGUAAUUAUUACGGAAAUGCUAGAUGAUGGAGGAAUUAGGUGAAGUUUCUUUAAAUUAAAAAGAGUGUGAUAAAUGAAUGAAAUUGAAAUAUUUCGUUAAAAAUUCCGAGUCAGUUGAUGAUAAUGAAAGAAAAUACCCCGACUUUUCUGACUUGUCUCGUUAUUUUUCUAUCUGAAGUUCAUAGUUAUUACCAAUCAAGCUUUCAGAGCAGCGAAUAAUUUUGUAAGUAUCCGAAAUCGGUCGGGUGUUCGGUCACACUUUAAGAGGUUGGCUUGCGGAAUCUCUAGAGUUAGUUACAUCACGUACAAACUUUCCAUAUAAAAUUACAAUUUGAAACCUGUUAAUUUUGAUGGUUUUAUUAAUUGUUAUCGGCUUAACGCAUCUGAAAGUCGUGAUAAUAAAAUUAUCUUUUAUCUGUUUUUAUUUUUUUAGCAUGAAAAGUAAGACACGUGCAUUGUGUCUGAUCACAGUUUCUCUACUCACCAAGCCUCCAUGACCUUCAAAACAUAAAAUGUCAUUUUGUCAAUGGGCAGCUAGCUGUGGGUUCGUUUUUUGUUCGGAUCCAGUAGAGAAGUGAUUUGGCCUCUGAAAAAUUCAAGUAUUUUCGAGACUUCUUGGAAACUUCAAAUUUCUUAAUCUACAGAUUAACAUUAAAUAUUGGGAAUUUUGGAUCAAAUGCAUCUAUUAAUGAUGCAUGACACAAAAAGAUGGAUAACAUGGAGAUGUAAAGUGUGAAAAAAGUGGGAUGACAUCUCUGAAUAAAUUCCGUCUCUAUGCUUUUCUUUUGUUCUGAAAAACCAGAAGAGUCGUCGUUACGGACAUAAAUGCAAUGUUUGUUUUUCCAAACCAAUGUAUAUUAGAGUUGUAAUCCUUUUAAGGUCUUUUAACCCUCCUAAUUUCGCUUAGUUAAAAAUUGAUCACGUAGGCAUCGUCGUUUGAUACAAGCACUUUGAUCGUCGCUUGAUAAUACAAGCCCUUUUCCUUCGUACGGUUCAACCGUACCUGCAAUUUCCAGACAUAAAUUCGUUACUAUAAGUUGUUAUAUAGACCUAAGACUGCACAUUAAAUGAGUAUUCCUCGUUCUUUCAUCCAAGCCAACCGAGCCACCACAUAUUUAGACCUAAGACUUAACAUGCACAUCCAUUAAUCCUCGUUCUUAGAUAGAUACACUCGACUCCCUUUAUUGCGGACAACCUCGGGGAGAUUUUGUGUCCGUAAUAGCGAGAGUUCGUAAUAGCGGGGUACUAGAGAAAAUAAGUUAUUUGGUCUCUAAACCUAUGAAAUAAUAUGUAAGUACGCAAGUAUAAAGUUUCUAACGUGGCCUCACGAAACGGAUAAAGAUUCGGCCGCAAGCAGGAAAUUCUCAUGUUCGCAGCCAAUUGAAGAAUGGUUUCUGUAUUUUCUUUUAUCGUAAUGUCGCUUUGCAUUAUGUAAGUCAGGAUUUUGGACGAAGUACUUAAGUGUCCGCUAUAGAGAGAGAAAAGACAAGUGCCAUGUUUCGCUGGGUGGCAUGAAAGUGUCCGCAUUUCAGUAAUAGCCUGAGUCCGUAGUAAAAAUGGGAGUUUAAUUCAGUCAUGUCCUCGCAAUGGCGAGGUGUCUGCAGGGCGAGAGUCAACUGCAAAUUUUCCAUCAAGAUUGGCCCUGUAUUGUGCAGAUGCUCCUAUUAUUUUACUUAAGCGGCGUUGGUAGAUGAUUUGGUUUGAUGAUAGUGCAGAGUGACAGCUUUGAAUCAGUGUGUUCGUCAUCGAACUAAACGUUCUACUUCUCAAACCAGCGAGUGCACCAGUCAAACCAGUUCGAGUUGUCAACUGAUCGAAGGGAGACUACACUCAGCUAACUUGCUAUUGUCAAAAAAUCAAACUUUGCUUACAAACGGAAUUUGUUAUCUAGUGUAAUAACAAAUCGAGUCAGAGUGGACGUGAUUGUCUGUGUUUGGUCGAGGCUAGUACAAAGUCUAGAGUUCCAUUCACUAGGGCCCGUCUCUUUACCAAUUACUGUCAUCUCGCUAGCGCAGAGAGGCGGACUUUGUACAGUUGUCAAUUUCACUUGAGCUUAAAAUGUCUUCUCACGCGUUGUCUAGUUUCCUAUCAGAUCCAUCACAUAUAAAUUUCACAUGCCCGUGAAGAGUCUGAGAUUUAAUUAAUCAUAAAAUCAAAAUGCUAUCGCAGAUGAGUUAUAAAUCGGGACUAAAUUACGAAUGAUCUUUGCUAAGAUCGACGGUGGACUGUUGUUGGUUGUCUAUAGUCAAGAGAGUCUGCGGGUAAGUCACCAUCUAUUAUUUUCCAUGAAUUUAUUUUUAAGUUUCUUAAAGCAAAAUGUCUGUUGUCUCAGCUAACGACCAAACGGCUAGAGAUCGCAGCCCUGUGCAUGGUUUGCGCGGCUUUGUCUGUUUUCGUGAGAGUCGUUUUGUUACCUGUGUUGAUAAACCUGUGUCAUUUCAACACUGCACGGCCACAACUUUGUGCUUUUUUAAAACUAUUUCUUGUGCCUCUACCAUGGCUAGAAGCUCCUCCAGUUUCGUUUCCCAUAGCACAGUAAGAACAAAAUCCGCGACUCAGAGCAGCCCCUAUGCAACAACUUCCGCUAGCUUGCCAAUGAACUAACUAUACAGUAAUAGGGGUAUCCUGCUCGAAUCUCCGACUUCACAAGUACACAGAUCGUGAAGGGGUGUCCAGGUCAGUUUUAUUAUCAUCCACGUGGGCAUCGUCGCUUUACGCUUUUCAUCGCACGGUUCAACUUGUUUGCUCAGGCAUAAUGUCACAUGAAAUAAGCGUCAUUUCAUUUAUCGAGCUCCAGUGACUAUCACACAGUACUUUUAAAACUCAAACCUCUCCCCUCUGUGCUCAUUUUGGCUAGCAUUUUAAACUGAAUGAACAAGGCAGCCACAGGGCUCUACGCAAAAAUACACUGGACCUGAUUCAGUUGUGGAUGGUAAGUGAUGUAAGCCUCAUUCGUUUAAUGUAAUUUGAUGCAAGCAGGAGCCUUAUAUGCCGUAGGUAAGUCUCUUGAUGAUUUUCAUACCAUGAGCUUCUCUUAUGUGGAAAUGAAAAUGUCGCUGACGAUAGUUGAAAUAUGGUUUAGUUUCUCAGCCGGAUUUUCUUGUUAUGAGGUCUACUUCCUGAUACUGCAAUGAUUCCUCAAUGAUACAAAUGCUACAUUCAAGAAAACGAUUCACAUGCCGAUCUAACUACGAAGACUUAAAAGCCGACCUUGUGCUUAUGUUCCAAGUUUAUUCCAACACUUACUCAACCAUACGAGUAUUAGCGGCGAAGGGCCAAACUGGCGCAAUAUGCCUAUGUCAAUUUGCAUAUGAACGAAAGAGUGUUCAUGCAGAAUUUUUUUUUAUUGAAUUAGCUUUUGUUCUCGCCAAGUUUUCUCUCUUGCGCCUGAACGAAAAGGAAAGAAACUUUCCGUACGUUUUUGUCAAAAAAGCUGAAGAUAAAUAAUUGGGUGGUCCUAGCUAUUCAGCGUUAAUUUAUUUCGCAGAUGCUGGUUUUGAGAUAAUUUUUCAAAAAGCACUUCCUAUAUUUAUUAUAUAGCGCCACGCAAAAAAAUUUAUUCUGGCUGCUUCUUUUGAUAUCAAUGCGAGAUGAAAAACUGAAAAAAAAGGCUGUAUUCCUAAACUUAAAUGUUUAGAAAAUGUAAAGCUGCAAAGCGCCGCGUCAAAGCUUUAUUCCUAUCCCCUGUCAAUCCACCGUCCAUCAAACAUAAAUUGAACUGUUUUAUUAACAGUUAGGCUGAUAGAGACUCGUGAGGAAAUGAAGAAACUGCAUCUUUAAACAUAAAGGCCAAAGUUGACUACAGAUUCAUGAAGUCAAAUUGAAGAAAUAACCAUAGAAAACUAUAUCAGCUAAUUCAUGAAAGAGAGCUUUUCGUUUUUGCUCUAUUAAACAAGUAUUUUUUCGGGCACUAUCUUGAGGGGCGUUUAACUACCGCGUUUUAUCGAAAGACAAAAUCGGCAAGUCGAUGUCGGAUUUCAAUUGAUAAAAAUAAAUAUCAUGCAAAGAAAAUUUUAUAUGAAUUUAAAGUUUUGGUUCUGGCGCGGACUUUACUCCUGCGGUUGCUUCGCUUCGAGCAUAUAUUCUUCUAAAAUUAAAGUUAAUUCAUCUGUCACUUCAGCAUGACAGCGCGCAUUGCAGAACCGUCUCAUUAUUUCAUUACCACGGAUCUGUCAAAAAUACAUGGGAUCAUUUACAUGCAAUUUAACUUCGAUAGCGGGGCUAUGAGGUAAAAAUAAAAUUCACCAGAAGGCCAUCACGGAAUUUUGACUUUAAAAUGAUCCGAAUGUGAUCUGUGCUUUCCCAUGAUUAUGCAGGCUAUGAAAACACAGUGUAAGAAAACACAUGAAUAAGGAAUUUGUCUCCACUUUCUGUGCAUUGUUACGAUCAACCAUCGUAGAAUUCUAAAUAACAAGUCUUGCGUUGCGAGACGCCAUUGACUUAAAGCUAAAUCAUCAUUUUCUUAUGAAACUAAAUUGCGUGUUAUUUUCACGGUGCAUUGUUUUUUGUCGAACUAAGAGAGCCCAAUGAAGGUCUGUGAUUGAUUCACAGCUGUUCAUGAUCAAGAACAAACUGACAAAUUCACAAGGAAGUAAAAUGACAUACAUAGAACAUAAUUUCGCAAUUUCCCCAGAUUUCCUUCACUUUCCUAUAUUUUCCUAAAUUAAAAUUGUUUAUUCCACCGAAGGCAACUUUCUCUCUGGUUCGUCAUCUCGUGAGACCACUCGGCUAAUUAUUCACUAAUAUGAGUUUUAAAAUACGGAGCACCUGCCUUAAGACUCGCGAGAAAGUUCAAAAUCUCCCUUUUGAGUUAAUUUUGAAUUUCCACACGUAAAGAGGGUUUCCUUUUUGUUUGUUUGUUUUUUUUUUUAUACUCAAGUUUAUGAAUUAAAAUAAACGAAGUGAUCUAAAGAAAAAGUGGGAUUAUUUAUAGGAACUAACUGUAAAUGACAUGACUUUCAAAGCGGAAGACUUAAGCCCGCGUUGUACGUGCUUUGACAAUUGAUAUGAGGAAUGUUGGAUUUGAGAUCAAUUUGAGGACUCCCACACUCAAACAUUUAUGUCUGAUAUUUCUGUCCAGCUGUCCAGAAGAGAUGCGACCGAGAACCGCAUUAAUAUUCAUAGCAAAUCAUUUUGAAAUGGUUAAAAAAAGGAAGGGAUCAGGAAUAAGCUCUUUAGUUCAGCAGGGUUCAUUAGUCUCGGGCCAUUGAAUUCUCAAAACGUUGGACAGGAGAAGCAACCUUAUCGAUCUCCAAAGGUUUACCGUGUUUCGUAUUUUAUAAAAACGCUUGGAUCAGUGUGGUUGAAAUAUUAUCUUUUCCUUUUUUUAAUCUUCCUUUAGUACGAAGAGGCUACAAGUCUGUUUGCUGACAGCGGACUUCAGUGCAUUCUAUCGCAGGUACGUUCAACUGCCAUGAGACGUUCAACGCUUCUUAACUCACAACAAUUUGGAGGGAAACAAGUUGACUUUGUAAGGCGAAUAUAUAGGCAGAUUGAUUUCCUGUUUCCAAACUAAUUCCAACAACGUUACAGGCCAUCAAAAAUAGUUAUAUACAUGCGCCAACGGUGUCUUCAAUAAGAUAUCAUACAUUGUUAUCGUUUCCUUCUGAUAAUUUUUCUGAUAAUUUUCGUUAUUGUUAUUAUGCGAACAAAUGAAGGAACCGUGCAGAAAAUUGAAAAUAGUAAAAAAAAAAACUGUCUCUGAAAGUUAUCUUUAUUCAUCGGGAAGGAAAACGACAAAUAAGAAGAUGACAAAUUAGAAACGCUUUCGUCAUAAAGGCAAACCAACAACGAAGACCAGUAUUUAUAUAUUUUAAGGAUGAGAAUACUUAAUACAUCUAUGCAGAAAUGCUUAACCAUGACUUCAUUACUAAGAUCACGCAGAUCACGGCGCAUGAAAGGAACGGAGUUUUAGACGAGCUCUCAGAGAAUUCCAAAAAAGUACGCUAUUUAAGACUUGUGUAUGUACGUGGGUUAUUGAGCUCUUCCCUUAAUGGCUCGUCUUACUGCAUGGGCUUUUAGCACGUACUAUUUAUUAGAAGCACAUUUUUUCAUGGUAAACUCAAACGAUGGAAUUAAAAUAGAAGCAAAUAUUGACUGCGAUAUGGAUACUGGAGAACCCUGAAUGCCUGCGAUCAGUGGCCGAUCGAUUUAACAUUACAAAAUCGAUUUUAUUUCGUGUUUAUCGCAGAAUUUGUGGGGGAUUGCCAACAAUCUUUCCGGUCAAUAUGUGAGGUACCUACUAGUUUGAAAUCGAGCACCGCUGGGCAAAAUAAUUAAUUUCGGAUCCUUCGCCUAAAGGAACGCGUUGGAUCAGUGAUCCAAUGAUCCGUCUUUAGUUCACGCAGAUCAGUGAACCGACGAAUCCUUGUCCAGAGUGGAUUUGAUAGAUCACUGAUCUGAAAAUGGAUUUGCUCGAAAGGAACGCCACAGAUCAGAAAUCCUGAUCCGGAUUCUCCCAAAGGAACGCACCCUAAGAUUUUUUCACUGGGGUUAUUUAUGGAGAAAAUCAAAAUGUCCUGCUGCAUUCCUUUUCCUGUUUCCAGUAUUUCCGUUCCUGUUCACAGCCUCAGUUGCGUCCCGAAAUAUCAUCGACUCAACCAAAGUGAACUUUGUUAAAAAAAAAAAAAAAAUUUAAAUGUUUUUGUUUCCUUUGAAUUCACAAUCGAUUCCUCUCACCACAUCCCAGGUUGGUAUCGAAUAAGAUUUUAGGGGGGCCACGAGUGUUCCCUUUACUGAUUUUUUAUUCGGUAAUAACACUCUUAUCCUAUUAAACUUUAGCAACAGAAAAAAACAGGAACUAAAGAUGAAACCAGAUACCGAGUGGAUUGUUUUGACAGUCCUCUACGCCAUCACGAUGCUCGUAGCGUUUGCAGGGAAUGGCUUCCUCAUCUACAUCGUGUGGAAGAAACCUGAAGUCAGAUCACUGACAAGCUUUAUGUUCGUCAACAUGGCCAUCGCUGAUUUGCUUGUAACCCUGAUUGUGAUGCCCUGGUCGAUUUCCACAAUAUAUACACACGGUUUGUGGAUGAUCCCGGGAGUAUUUGGAAAAGUCAUGUGCAAAGGUGUUGUAUACACUGCCUAUGUCACUAUAACAGCAUCCGUCCUCUGCCUGACGUUCAUGGCGAUCGACAGGUACUAUGCCAUCGUUCAUCCCCUCCGCCGCCAUCUUUGGUUUCGAAAGCCUAAACUAACCGUUCCAUUUAUUUGGAUCGCGUCACUGGUCUCCAUGUCCAUUUUCCUUGUUAUUCAAACCGUGGAGGACUACAAUAAUUCUUCCUUUUGCACGCUAUCUGUUUACAUCUUGGGUGAUCCAGAUAGGGCUCUUCGAGGAAUUUACCUCCUCCUUUUCGUCGUCAACUAUUUCAUCCCCUUAGUCGUUAUUUCUUGCCUGUAUACCAUCACUGCAUGGAAUUUAUGGUUCCAUGUUGCACCUGGAGUAAAUACUUUGAGAGGAAAUCGAGCGCAACUCGAAACCUCUAAGAGGAGAGUGGUUCGGAUGCUCAUUAUUGUUACCUGUGCCUUUGCCCUUUGUUGGCUCCCACCACAAGUGGUCCACAUGAUGAUCGUCAUUCGCGCAUCAAAGUUUCAGCUACAGCCGAUUGUCAGCUUUGUGUGUUUCUGGUUUGGACACGCCAACAGUGCCGUUAACCCAUGGCUGUACAUUUUUCUGAGCACCAAGAUAAACACAGCAUUUACUAGGAUCGUCAGUAGAAAAAGCAGCCGGUUGUCUUCAAGUCUCACCAUCAAAACAUCAGAUGUCGUCUUACCACCUGAAGAUGAAGCAAUCCAGAAAGAAUCAACAAUAUAA